AUGGAGGCCACGCGAUCGCCAGAGCCCGCAUUCUCCGGUGGAGCUGGACAUGUGUCGGGACAAGAUGCGACCCCGCCAGGACAGAUCCUGACGGGCAAGCAGGAACAUUAUCUCAAGCGUGAGUUGAUCGGCCGACAAGUUCGCGCUGAAAUCUCCGAGCUGAACUCACCCACGGCGCUACAGCGAUUCGGCGCACCAUUUCGCUCCGACUUUGGUGAGGUCGCGCCCGUUGACUCGGAACUUCCUAUUCUUCGCUACAUCUUCGUGCAUCAUGUUCGCAACUUUCCCUUUCUCGACCAAGCUCAGGAGAAACAGUUCUGGCAGGACAAGCUACAAGUGUUUCUCGAAUCGUUCGCCAAUAAGCAUGUAUCGUCAUCGGAGGAUCGGUUGGAGGAGACAAAGCGUAGGAAGCUGGCACGGAAGUGCGAGAAGCUGGUGGAGCUGAUGAUGGUAUCCGGUGUCCCGACUGCAUCGGGGUACGAGGAGCGUAUCCAGUUCUCUGAAAUGGAGGUCGUCGACCGUGGCGCGAAUGAGAAGGGCUUGCUGGUCAAUAUGCCCGAGGGGAAUGCUCUCAAUGGCUGGGAUGUCAACGUGGCCGCCGUUCGGGUUACAUCCGUGAAGCGCACAGUGCGUUAUCAUCAGCACGCUGAGUUUAUCAUUCGCGUGCGAAGAGACGCCAAGGAUGAUAUCUACGUCGGCAAACGGUAUGGAGAAUUCGUCAGGCUCCACCGGAGGCUGCGUACCGAGUUCCCUGGCAAACACUUGCCCCCUCUGCCUCGCAAGAACAAGUCCUCGACUUCCUCCAGCUGGUUCGGUUCUCAUGACGACGAUGCUUCGUCCGUCUCUUCUCUCUCGACACAAGACGCGAGUAUUUCAGAUGAAAGGACAUCUACCACCACCGGCCUUAACUUGGCACCCGGAACUAUCCAUCGAUCAGUGUCGAAGGCAUCAAUGCGUUCAGCCAGGUCACCGCGUGCGUCUGAUGUUUCCAGAGAGACUGUCCUAUACAGAGAGGAGCAGCGCGUUUCGCUACGCGCAUUCCUUCGAACGCUCCUGCAGAAUAAGAAAUAUGCGGAAUCCAAGUCGGUGGAGGAGUUCCUAACUGCAAAGCCCAUAAAGUUGAACGAGGAAGAAUUGAUCGAUGUUGAGCGACGAAAGGGUAUGGAUGCAAUCCGCAUUGAGGAGCAGAAGCGCUUUUAUGAGAUUGCUAGGCAGCGCGCUGCGGAGCUGGACGUUUACAUGGAGAAGUUCCGUCGAGAUAUCGUGGAGAGCAACGGGUUAACAAAGCUCUUUGCUGAGAUCAAGGAGAAAAAGACUAUUGCAGAGCUGAGCCCACAGUAUCAGAAAUUUGCCGAGUGGUUGCGUAUCGAAGUUGCCGCCACCGUGUACCACGUAUUCCUUGCCGAGGAUAACUCUCCUGAGAUGUUUGCGCAAGCCAAGAGAAUUCAUGGCCUUGUUCCUUAUACCCUGAUGAAGAAUGUGAUUCGCAUUGCCAACCCUGCUGCUGUGAUGACUGGUGUUCUCGAUCUUUUCAUGGCUCAGCCGUUCGGUUCGCGAUCGCUGCUUCAGCGCAUUUUCUCUUUGACUUUGAAUGAGAGCAUCAAGGACUUCCAGAAGUCAAUUACUUCGCUGGUGGCGAAGGUCGAGGACUCGGUCCUGACCGAUAAGCUGAAGAACUACGUGAACGCGGAUGAAAUGGUCAAGAAUGAGAUUCGCGAGGAAGCUGAAGCCGAGGAUGUUGAUAUCAUCGUGGCCAUUCUUCGCUCUGAAAAUGUCUCGCCAGAGCUUGGCCCGGAGCAAAUCGGCAAAGUGUUCAAUGGCUGGGUAGCAUGGAACAAUGCCGUGGACAAUGUGGACCUGGAAAUGCAACAAGGCGCCCAAUGGUUCGCUCACUUGAAGCAGCUCUUGAAGCUCUACACCCGGCAGCGGGACAAGGCCAUGAUGCUUAGCAUUGUUGAGGAGCCCACUACGCUCCAACUAUUCCGCGACCUAUUUACCAUCUUCUACGAGCCGCUCGUCAGGGUCUACAAGUCUGCCAAUGUCUACAAUAGUGUCACCGACUUUGCCAAAUUUGCCGACGACGCGAUCGCCGUCAUCGAAAGCGCCCAGCGCCAGGAUGCUUCUGCAGAUCCCAACCAGACUGUCCAAUCCUUCAUCGACUUAUGCGCUCGUCACCAGGACAACUUCUACAAGUUCGUCCACGAGGUACACCUCCACGACAAUGGACUAUUCGGAUCUCUCAUGUCAUGGAUCGAAGAAAUUCUUGACUUCCUGCGCAAGGGCCCGAGAGGAGGGAAGCUCGACAUGAACGCCCUGUUCCAAGGCGCCGCAGGCGUCGGUCAAAUUGACAGGGACGUCGCAGUCAGCGAAAUAAAUGCACUGGUCAAGUGGCACGAGGAUCGUAAGCGCUGGCAUCUGAAUAAGACUCGCCAGAAGAUGGCCGCCGAGGGCACUGGGAACGAUUCGAUCCCAGGCGCCACGACCUUCAAGGGUAGCGACUUUGGUCUCGACGAGGCUGAUCUGGAAGACCUCACAAUCUCCGACGAGGCCUCCGACUCGGAAGAUGAGGAAUCGGCUGAAGACGAACAAGAUGACCCGAUUGCGUCUGAGCGUCGCCGACGCAUCAAGAAGCAGGAUCAACUGCGUCGCACAGCCGGCGAACCCGUUAAGCCAGAUGUCGCCGAGCUCCUGAAGCUCCAGGAGCCGUUCGUCGUCAUGCUUCGGCAUGUGCUGGCAGACUAG